GAUAGAUGACCCCACUCAGUUCGGUGUUUUUUUUUAGGUGUGCUGUUUCCUAGCCAUGCUUUCGUAACUCAGGUAUGAUGAUGUAAAUCAUUCUGGAUCUUUUGAAUCCUUUCCUUUUCAUAUUUAAAACUUUGUAUAAUGCGUACUUGUUGUUUUUUGUUAUUGUAGUUAAAAAAUUAGAAUAAAUUAAGACAUUUAUUAUUUAUAGAAAUAAUAAAAGGAAAAAGUUCAAGGAAAUUACAGGCUAAAAUGAGUUUUCCAAAAUGCAAAUAAUAAACCUGAGCUCUUUAACCUGAAUCAAACUCUCACACUAGCCCUUAUUACGCGUCAUAUUUGCCCCGUACUGAAAAAUUAACUUCUGCACCACGUUUAUAAUUUUUGAAGCCCAAAGAAAGGAAACUCUAGAGCUUCUGCACUCAGUUGCUUUGACUGGAUGUGAAUGUAUUAAGCACAGUGUCGGUCCAAAGUCUGUUUAUAGAGCAUUAGACUCAGCACGACUGUGGUGUUCUUGGACAUCCUUGCUGGAGACAGCUGUCAUGUAUCUAUAAGACCUUUAUAAUAACCAUUGUAAUGCUUGGCUACUAAAAGAAAUUAAGAUGAAGGUAUUUCCUAAUGCUUUUGGCGUUAUCUCUUCAAAGCGUCGCUGUCAGUACUGUAAUGCAAAGUUGAUCUACAAGUCUAGAUCAUUCUAACGAUGUUAUUUUAAGAGCUCACCUGUAGUCAUGCCUCAGAGAAAUAACUUUGUCAUACCUAGCUAAACAAUCAUCCAAUUAGAGAUGACUAGAAGGAUCCAGUCAGCUCAGAUUUUUUUGGCACUGUGCAGCACUGGCACAGUAAAGCUACUGAAGGUUAAGUAAUUUCUGUAAUGGACUGGGUCAGGAACACUGUAUGAGCUCCUGUGUGACUUCAAUCAAGAUUUUGGCUCGGAGAGCUGCUCUGAUCUCGGCGGUGCAGGAAAAACAGGAUGAGCAACAACUUUAUGAGGCUGCUGAAUCCGGCCACAGACUCUCCCUGCUGACUUGUUUGGGGUGAGCAUGAUCAUCCCACUGCUGAGCCAUCACGUGAAGGCUCUUGGAGCAAGUCCCACUGUGGCCGGUAUUGUAGGAUCUACGUAUGGGAUCUUGCAGCUUUUUUCGAGCACUAUAGUUGGCAGCUGGAGCGACGUGGUGGGUCGGAGGUACUCUCUGCUGACCUGCCUGCUGCUCAGCACUCUAGGCUACGGCCUGCUGGGGAUGUCCACCAGCAUCGCUUUGUUUGUACUUGCACGGAUACCUGUGGGGUUGUUCAAGCACUCGCUCUCCAUCUGCAGAGCUCUGCUGUCUGACCUGGUGUCUGCUUCAGAGCGCCCUCUAGUGAUGGGACAUUUCAAUGCAGCCUCCAGUGUGGGCUUCAUCCUGGGCCCUGUGGUGGGUGGCUACCUAACUGAGCAUGAAGGAGGCUUUUAUACAUCCUCUUUUACUUGUGCAGCCAUUUUCCUUAUUAAUGCGGGCCUCGUAUGGAUGAUACCACAGAGUGAGACGGUGGCUAACCGUAAUGACACUGUCUGCAGAAACGACACGAGUACAGGGUAUCAUGAAAACCACUUUAGUAAAUCUGUACAGAAUGGUUCUCAUACAAAUAGCCACCACCCAUUGCUGACAGCAGAGACGCAGCAAGAGUCUACAUCUUCGGAAAAGCAUCGUGGUGGGUUCAGGUGGAGGGAUGUGCCUUUUCUUCAGCCAGUCUGGAAACAGCUGUCCUCAGUAGGCUCCAGGAUCCACAUAGUGGCCUCAUCUGACAUGUGGGACCUCUUCCUCGUGCGUCUUCUGAUGGCCAUAGCUAUCAUGCUCUACUACAGUAACUUUUCUCUGGCCAUGGAGGAGCGCUUUUUACUCAAACCAAAAAUGACCGGUUACCUGAUCAGCUACAGCAGCACUCUAGGGGCCCUGGCUGGGUUCCUGGUGGGGCCAGUCACACAGCUAUAUAAGAACAACAUGUCCGCUUUACUGCUUCAUUCUACAGUGCUGACCUCUACGCUUAUUUUCCUCUAUGCUGCUGCACCAAAUGUUUGGCAGGUGCUGCUCACCUCCACCUUCUUUGCCAUUUCUACCACUAUCGGACGGACGUGUAUCACAGAUUUGGAGCUGGAGAGGGGCGGGGUCCAGGCCAGCGGGACUCUGAUUGGAGCCGGGCAGUCGGUUACAGCUGUGGGUCGAAUCCUGGCUCCUCUCCUGUCUGGUUUGGCGCAAGAGUUCAGCCCUUGCGGCCCCCCAAGCCUAGGAGUGGUGCUGGCCCUCGCAGCUGUGGCUUUACUACUCAUCAGAAUCCCCAAAUGGGACGCGAGGGGGAUGACAAAAACUGCCAAAUUCAGAAACUCUCAUGAGCAGAAGCUCGUGCACUAAAUGUUUGAAUCGUAAAUCUCUGAGAAGUGCUCUUAAUUGCAGGAGACCAGCUGGGACAAUGAACAGCAGACUCCUCGAGGGAACGGCGAAGCCCGCUCAAACGUGUUAUUCUUAAACAGGAUGGCUCUUCUGUUGGUGCGAUGAAAUCCCAGGGUAGAAAUAUUGUGACGUUUAAACCACACCAGCACUGAAGUCUUCGUCUUGGGGACAGGUGAAUCAAAAGUCACGUGCACUGUUGGAAUGAAGACACGGCUGCAAAAUGCUGACGUUUGACCGCAACCUCUGGGCACAAACUACUGGAUUAUGACUGUACUCUUUAUUUUUAAUGAAGUUUUGUAACCACUGCAAAUUAGCUGGAGUUGAUGAAAGCAGGUCUGCUUAUGAUGCACUACAUGCCCGAAGAGGAGAGUGAUUUAAUUGAAAUAAUACUUAAUUCUUUAAAUAAAAAUUAAAAAGAUGACUAUCAAAGGCAGGCUAUUACAUUUUUGGUAUGAGUUUGAUUUUUACACAUUUUACCUCAGUGGCUUUUUGGGUUUGUUUGUUUUUUUCUUUAUUCUAAUGUAAACUAUCAGAAAUGGUCCCUAUGGCAGUAUCUGAACUAAUGUUCCUCUUUGACUGAUAUUAAAGAACAGAGAUUUGUAAAUUUCUCUAAUUAGAGGCUUAAAUGGGUAUUUGUUAUUUUACUGUUUUUUAAGUUAUUUUUAUAACAUUAUUCUGAACACUUAUUUAGUAACCUAAACAUCACCAGAGCCAGAGAGGUGUAAUACGAAGUGAGAUUAAAUGCAUAACUCACUGGUGUUAAAGUUUUAAAGUGUCAAAAUUAUUAUUAUUAUUUACAGCAUUUUGUAAGUGCAAUAGAAAUGUUCUUUAAAUGUGCAAGCCAUUACUAGGGGCACAAAUGAAGCCCAGCUGUAAAAAAAUAACAAUAAUAAUAAUAAAAACAGCAGAUGAAACCGUGCAUUGCAUUGUCACUGGAAGGUGCAUGCAUUCAAUCAUGCAGAUAAUGUCGAUCUUUUUAUACUUGGUUCUAAUCUAUUUCGUCUUUUUUACUCUCUCAUGCACACAGAACAAGGUUACCUGUUCAAUCAAGAAACUGAAUUGAAAAUUAAAUUUAAAGUUUCAGACCUCUGUGCAGCCAUCACUUUAGAAAUGAGAGUGCACUCAAUAUUAAAAUAAUUGACUCGAAUUAAAAUACGAGCAGAUUAAGAAUUUUCAUCAGCAUCCACUUCCUGUCUUGUUUUUACUGUUACUUGUAUUCUUUAUAGUUUUCAUCACUAUUUAGUCAUCUGAUGUUUCUGGUUGGAGUAGGUGGCGCUCACAGGGAUCGUUUUGUGUGGAGUGAGUGUCAUGUGACAUGUGACACGCCCGUUUUAUGUAACUGCACACAGAGCCUGAGGCAGAAAGUCCGACUUGACAAAGUUAAUAACCGCCAUCACUCAAAGAAAGCCUGGCUGUGUUGAACUUCCUUCGUAGUAUACCUCUCUGGAACAAACGGAAACACUGUUUUUUACGUUUAUCUCAAGGCUCCAUGGAGCACCUGCCACACUAAGGCCCAAAAAAUGUUACAGCAAAUAAACCGUUUGUACUUUUGA